AUGAUCUCCCGUAUCCAAGAAGCCUUCUCCCCCAAACCCCCCUCCUCCACCCCCCAGCCCCCUCAAGAAGACUGCCUCCCCUGCCGCGCCAUCGGCGCCUCCGCUUUCAUCGGCCUCGGCACCUACGGCUACAUCUCCGGCACGCGGCAGCUGCGCGACCUGGCGCCGGAGAUCCGGCGGACGCGGCCGUUCUGGGGGAUGCGGUCGCGGCGGGUGGGGGUGGUGGUGACGUCGGGGAUGUUGGUGGGGGUAGGAGUGUAUCGGUUGGUGAUGUGA